GGAGGUUGACGAAAAUUACCGAGAGUGAACGGGUGUAUAUAAACACGACCGACACAGGUGAUACACCAAAGCAGUGGUGAACUGGACAGCGGAAAAUUAUGGCUGGGUUUAAACACUUGGUGACCACUCUGCUGGUUUGCUCCCUGGCAAGCAUAGGUCUGGCAGAGUACAUCAUGGUUUGUUACUAUACCAACUGGGCACAGUACAGAAACGGAGUGGGCAAGUUCAUGCCCAAGGACAUCGACCCCAACCUGUGUACCCACAUCAUCUAUGCGUUUGGAAAACUCGAUGGGAACAAGAUAACGAACUUUGAAUGGAAUGACAAUGAUGACUACAUCAAUCUGUACAAACAGGUAAAUGAGCACAAAGCAGCAAAUCCGAAUCUAAAAACACUGCUGGCCAUGGGAGGAUGGACCGCCGGAAGUCUGAUUUAUUCAAACAUGGCGUCCACUGCUGCAAACCGCAAAGAGUUUAUCGACUCUGCCAUUGAUUGGUUACGGAAAUACAAUUUCGAUGGUCUUGAUAUGGAUUGGGAAUAUCCAGCGAACAGAGAUGGAAAGCCUUACGAUAAAGAAAAUUUUGCUCAUCUUUGUAAGGAAACGCGGGAGGCUUUCGAUAACGAGGCUCAAACAACAGGAAGGGACCGGUUAUUAUUUACGUCUGCUGUUGGUGCAGGAAAAGCAGUGGUUGACUCAGCCUACGAUGUUCCUGUGAUGGCACAAUACAUGGAUUUCAUAUGUAUAAUGUCGUAUGACUUGCAUGGAUCUUGGGAAUCGUUUACCGGACUACACACUGGGUUGGACGCUUCUGAUGCUGAUUCCGAUAAAACAUUGAAUGUCAUGUUCGCGGCAAAUUAUUGGCAUCAGAAAGGAGCUCCUCGGAACAAGUUGAUUAUUGGUCUAGGUACAUACGGACGGAGCUUUACCCUGGUAGACGCUUCCAACCACGGUGUGGGUGCGCCAGCUUCUGGUGCGGGGGCCCCUGGAACUUACACACGGGAAAAAGGAUUCCUGUCCUACUACGAGAUUUGCGAGAUGCGGAAGAAUGGAGGAACUACAUAUCGCGAUCCUGUAGCCAAAGUUCCUUAUUAUGUCAAUCCGAAUACGAAACUGUGGGUUGGAUAUGAUGAUAAAGAAAGCAUCUACGCAAAGCUGACGGAGCUGAUCAUUAAAGAUGGCUACGGAGGAGCAAUGACCUGGGCUCUCGACCUAGAUGACUUCACAGGUACAAUCUGCGGGGAAGGGAAAUAUCCACUGAUUUCUUUAAUGAAAAAUGUACUCGAUCAAGCAAACGGAGGAGGGACAGUGAAGCCACCUACUACCAAAGAACCAGGGACUAACCCACCAACCAAUGCUCCCACGAACGCCCCAACUACCACACGAGCCCCAUCCGUAACCACCCCAGGAGGAGGCGGAGCAGAUGGAAUAUGCGCUCAAUCUUACCAUGGAUAUAUCUUCCCGAACGUAAACGACUGUUCUAGUUUCUAUCAGUGUGUUCACGGGCGUGCUGUCGUUAUUCAAUGCCAGUCCGGGCUGCUUUUUAAUGUUGCAACUGACAAUUGCGACUGGCCCAGUAACGUUGUCUGCGCCUCAACAACACAAGCACCUGUUACAGCUGUUCCAACAACACAAGCACGUGUUACAGCUGUCCCAACAACACAAGCACCUGUUACAGCUGUUCCAACAACACAAGCACCUGUUACAGCUGUUCCAACAACACAAGCACCUGUUACAGCUGUUCCAACAACAAUAAUUCCGUCGUCGUCCAUGUCCAUGGCUCCGACGACUCCUACACCAGCAGGAACCUGUCCCUAUGAUGGAGCGAUAAGGGACCCCACAGAUUGCGCUAAGUACUAUCUUUGCUGGAAUGGAGUCGUUUUACGACAGCCGAAAUCUUGUCCGAGCGGAAUGCUGUUCAGUAGUGUCACAAAACUUUGUGACCGUGCAGGUGUCGUAAACUGCAAUAGCGAUCCAUCUUCGACUUCUGCUCCUACAACGAAACAGCCUACUACGAUAAAACCGACAACUACAAUCUCAAUGAAAACAACAACUAAACCAACAUCAACAACAACAACAACAAAACAGACAACUACAACACCAAAACCACCACCAACAACAACAAAACCAACAACUGCUGUCCCAGCUACCGGGCGUCCAACUUCUGCGCCAGGAAUCUCGUGUACCAACAACGAAGGCAAACUGUACCCAUACAGUAAAGAUUGCACCAAGUACAUACAGUGUGUUCAUGGAUCACCAUUGGUAAGGCCCUGCAACCCUGGGCUUCAUUUUUCGCCAACUUCUCUCACCUGUACCUGGUCUUACCUGGCGGGAUGCCAAUAGAUCUCUGGACACCUCGUUUGUUGAGAGAGAAACAUUUGUGAACAAAUUGAUGUAUUUUUAUAAUAAAACGAGACGUCCAUUA